GGGGGGGAGAUGAUGUUAAGGUGGUAUAUAUAGAGAGGAGAAACCUGCAGUCUCUCUAAUCAUCUAGAUCUCUGCCAGUCCACCACCAUGUACCUGAACCUCCUCAUCCUCCUCCAACUCCUUUCCUCUGCUGGAGCCUCUGAGAGUGGUAUUGUGGGUGGUAAGAUAGCUAAGCCCCACUCAAGGCCCUAUAUGGUCUCUCUGCAACACAGAGGACACCAUGUUUGUGGAGGAAUGCUCAUCCGGGAGGACUUUGUCCUGACUUCAGCACACUGCUUAAAAGAUGCUUACCCUUUAACGGUGGUUCUUGGAGCUCACAACCUAACCAAAGAAGAGAAGAAGAGUCGGCAAGAGAGGAAAGUGUCACAUUACCAUCGGCAUCCCUUACAUGAGAAUAUAACGCAGUUAAGUUACGACAUCAUGCUACUGAAGUUACAUACCAUCGCCGUUCUGAACGAGUAUGUGAAGGUCAUUGGACUACCCAAUAAAGAUAAACGUAUCCCAGCCAGAACCAAGUGCUCUGUCGCUGGCUGGGGCAAGACUUCACCGGAUAAAACAUCUGGUGUCGCAGAUGUUUUGAUGGAAGUUGAAGUCACAAUGCAGUUCAACUUUGAAUGCGUAAAAAAGUGGAAAGAUUACUUUAUAAGUAGCCAAAUGAUAUGCACUGAUGAUGGACAGAAAGGCUUUUGUCAGGGAGAUUCAGGUGGACCUGUUAUUUGCAAGAACAAGAACGUGGCACAGGAUCUCUGCCAGUCCACCACCAUGUACCUGAACCUCCUCAUCCUCCUCCAACUCCUUUCCUCUGCUGGAGCCUCUGAGAGUGGUAUUGUGGGUGGUAAGAUAGCUAAGCCCCACUCAAGGCCCUAUAUGGUCUCUCUGCAACACAGAGGACACCAUGUUUGUGGAGGAAUGCUCAUCCGGGAGGACUUUGUCCUGACUUCAGCACACUGCUUAAGGAAUGCUUAUCCUUUAACGGUGGUGCUUGGAGCCGACGACUUAAAGAAGUGGAAGAAGAGUUGUCAGAAGAUUCAGGUGUCCCAUUACCAUCGGCAUCCAUUACAUGAGAAUGCAACGCAGAUCAGUUAUGACGUCAUGCUACUGAAGUUAAGGACCACAGCUCGUCUAACCGAGUAUGUGAAGGUCAUUGGACUCCCAAAGGAGGAUGAACAUCUCCCAGCAUCCCCCAAAUGCUCCGUAGCUGGUUGGGGCAAGACUAACUCGAACAACAACCAGGGUUCUGGCGUUUUGAUGGAAGUGGCGGUGACGUUGGAGGAUGACUCUGAAUGCAAGAAGGUGUGGCAGAAAUACUUUGACAAAAAACAAAUGACGUGCACUCGUACUACCGGAGGGAAAGGAGUUUGUCAGGGAGAUUCAGGGGGACCUCUUAUUUGUAACAACAAGGCACAGGGUAUCGUUGCUUUUAAUUAUCCUGAGAGAUGUGAUGAUUCCCGAUAUCCUCAUGUGUUCAUGAAAAUCCCUUUCUUUCUGCCCUGGAUUAAAGAGGUGUUGCAUGGAUAUGUUGCCAACAUGCAGGAAUAAAGGACUAGGAAGGACAUUGAUGCUAGUGUACUAACAUAAUGGUAUCUAUUCCUAGGAAGGACAUUGAUGCUAGUGUACUAACAUAAUGGUAUCUAUUCCUAGGAAGGACAUUGAUGCUAGUGUACUGACAUAAUGGUAUCUAUUCCUAGGAAGGACAUUGAUGCUAGUGUACUAACAUAAUGGUAUCUAUUCCUAGGAAGGACAUUGAUGCUAGUGUACUAACAUAAUGGUAUCUAUUCCUAGGAAGGACAUUGAUGCUAGUGUACUAACAUAAUGGUAUCUAUUCCUAGGAAGGACAUUGAUGCUAGUGUACUAACAUAAUGGUUAUAGUGUACUAACAUAAUGGUAUCUAUUCCUAGGAAGGACAUUGAUGCUAGUGUACUAACAUAAUGGUUAUAGUGUACUAACAUAAUGGUAUCUAUUCCUAGGAAGGACAUUGAUGCUAGUGUACUAACAUAAUGGUAUCUAUUCCUAGGAAGGACAUUGAUGCUAGUGUACUAACAUAAUGGUAUCUAUUCCUAGGAAGGACAUUGAUGCUAGUGUACUAACAUAAUGGUAUCUAUUCCUAGGAAGGACAUUGAUGCUAGUGUACUAACAUAAUGGUAUCUAUUCCUAGGAAGGACAUUGAUGCUAGUGUACUAACAUAAUGGUAUCUAUUCCUAGGAAGGACAUUGAUGCUAGUGUACUAACAUAAUGGUAUCUAUUCCUAGGAAGGACAUUGAUGCUAGUGUACUGACAUAAUGGUUAUAGUGUACUAACAUAAUGGUAUCUAUUCCUAGGAAGGACAUUGAUGAUAGUGUACUGACAUAAUGGUUAUAGUGUACUAACAUAAUGGUAUCUAUUCCUAGGAAGGACAUUGAUGCUAGUGUACUAACAUAAUGGUUAUAGUGUACUAACAUAAUGGUAUCUAUUCCUAGGAAGGACAUUGAUUAUAGUGUACUGACAUAAUGGUUAUAGUGUACUAACAUAAUGGUAUCUAUUCCUAGGAAGGACAUUGAUUAUAGUGUACUAACAUAAUGGUAUCUAUUCCUAGGAAGGACAUUGAUUAUAGUGUACUGACAUAAUGGUAUCUAUUCCUAGGAAGGACAUUGAUUAUAGUGUACUGACAUAAUGGUAUCUAUUCCUGCAUAAAUACACUUCUCAUCGUGCCCUGGAUAGGGGACAAGUUUCUGAUAAAGCUAAACCUUCACCCGUUCAUAGUUGUUAGAGAGAGAAAGAGAGACAGAGAGAAAGAGACAGACAGAGAGGGUGUGUGUGUGUGUGUGUGUGUGUGUGUGUGUGUGUGUGUGUGUGUGUGUGUGUGUGUGUGUGUGUGUGUGUGUGUGUGUGUGUGUGUGUGUGUGUGUGUGUGUGUGUGUGUGUGUGUGUGUGUGUG